AUGAACCCAACACAACCAUCUUAUUCCUCUUGUAUUUGUUUCAUGCUCUAUGCUAUUUUUAUAACUUUGACUACUACCACAAACUCGACUUCCACUGCCGGAAACAUAAGCGAUCAUGCUGCGCUUUUGUCAUUUAAGUCGAUGAUUAUUCGCGAUCCAUAUGGAGCUCUAACCUCAUGGAACAAUUCCUUGCAUUUCUGUGCUUGGAAUGGUGUUCGAUGUGGGAAGCGACACAAAAGGGUAAUUGUUCUAGAACUCAACUCGACCGGUCUAGAAGGCUCCCUUUCCCCUCAUAUAGGGAACCUCAGCUUCCUCCGUCAUCUUAUUUUCCAAAAUAACAGCUUUCAAGGAACCAUUCCACAAGAAUUUGGCCGUCUAUUGAGGCUACGUGUCCUCAAUCUUGGCGUAAACAAUUUUAGUGGAACCAUUCCAACUAACUUGUCUCGUAACCUUGAAACGCUUUUACUUGGUAGCAAUAUGCUAGUUGGAAGCAUCCCCGAGGAGAUAAGUUUCCUCUCGAAACUUACAAAUCUUUCAAUUACGAAAAAUAGGCUAACAGGUGGAAUCCCACCUUCCUUGGGGAAUCUUACUUUGAUGCAAUCGUUCUCUGCCGGAGGAAAUCCAUUUGGAGGGAUCAUUCCAGAGACAUUGGGUCAUUGGAAAAACUUGAUGCAAGUUGGCUUUGGUGAAUGCAACUUAUAUGGAAACGUCCCUCAAUUCGUUUACAAUCUCUCGCUUUUACAAAUUUUAUCCUUCCCUGGGAAUGACCUUACUGGUAGCCUUCCUUCAGAUAUAGGUGAAUUACUCCCUAAUCUUGUAUGGUUUCAGAUAUCAAAAAACAAACUGACUGGACUUUUUCCAGAUUCUAUCUCUAAUUGUUCCAAAUUAGAUACACUUGAAAUAGGUGGCAACAAUUUCAUUGGGAAAUUUAAUGUUGACUUUGCAAAACUAAGAGAUAUUCGCAGAAUAGCCUUAUAUGGUAAUAACUUUGGAGGUGGAGAAGCGGAUGACAUGAAGUUUAUCAAUACUUUGAAAAACGGCAGCGUCUUAGAGAUGUUGGUUCUUACAGAAUGCAACUUUCAUGGAGUGGUUCCAACAUCAAUCGGUAAUCUUUCUCAUCAACUUUAUAGGCUACGUUUAGGAGGAAAUCAGUUAUAUGGAGACAUCCCUUCAAGUAUAGGUAAUCUUCUUGGCUUGGAACAGUUAUCUUUAGGAGCUAAUCAAUUCUCCGGAAAAAUCCCCUCUACCAUUGGUAGACUCCAAAACCUAGGGGUUUUUGAAUUAGAUGAAAACCAAAUUUCUGGCAUGAUACCAGAAGCAAUUGGGAACUUAUCUUCAUUGAUUAAACUUCUUUUAGGUUCCAAUAGACUAGAAGGUCAUAUUCCAACAAGCUUAGGAGGUUGUCAAAAGCUAUCAGAGUUGUACAUACAUGACAACAGACUUAGUGGCACAAUACCCAAACAACUUCUCCGACUUCCCUCUCUUUCUAAAACAUUAGACCUUUCUAAUAACAACUUAUCUGGUUCACUCCCAAUUGAGUUUGGAGACCUCAAAAUGCUGAGUGCACUAGAUAUAUCUAAUAAUGAUAUAUCAGGUAAUAUUCCGGAUGGGCUUGCUGGUUGUACAAGUCUUACAUUCUUAUCCCUCAAAGGGAACUUUCUUCAAGGCAUGAUACCAUCAUCAUUACGUUUGUUGAGAGGAUUGGAGGUACUCGAUAUUUCUGAGAAUAACUUAUCAGGCCGAAUUGAUCAUGAAGUCUUAGAAAGUCUUCCGUUACAAUUUCUGAAUUUAUCUUUUAAUGAUUUUGAGGGUGAUGUACCUGUUGUAGGAGUGUUUUCCAAUGCAAGUGCUUUCUCUGUUUUGGGGAAUAGUAGGCUUUGUGGGGGCUUGGUUGAACUUCGGUUACCCAAAUGCAAGGAGACAAAGAAACGUGAACCUAGGUUCUACCUGUUCAUAGUCAUUUUAGGUACAUUAAUGUUUCUUGGCGCAUUAUUUUUUAUGUAUGCUUGGCGUAAGAAAAAAAACAAUAGACAAUUGUCUCAAUCAUCAAAUGAUGAAAGAUUCUUAAAGCUUUCAUAUAAUCAACUUCAUAAGGCCACCGAUGGCUUCUCCGAAGCCAAUUUAAUUGGCAAGGGUGGGUUUAGCUCCGUUUAUAAGGGAAUCCUUGAGCAUGAAGACAAAUUUAUCGCAGUCAAAGUUCUUCAUCUUCUAAUUCGAGGAGCUCACAAAAGCUUUAUAGCAGAGUGUGAAGCAUGGCGAAAUAUUCGACAUCGAAAUUUGUUGAAGAUAAUAACUUCAUGUUCAAGUAUUGACUUUCAAGGCAAUGAUUUUAAGGCUUUGGUUUACGAGUUCAUGCCAAAUGGUAGUUUACAUAAUUGGGUGCAUGCACGUGCAAGUGCAUCUAGACUCAACCUAAUUCAAAGAGUAAAUAUUCUCCUCGAUGUCGCAUCUGCAAUUGAUUAUCUUCAUAACCAGUGUUUGAUAAGCAUUGCUCACGGAGACUUGAAGCCAAGCAAUAUUCUACUUGAUAAUGAUAUGGUGGCCCAUGUUGGAGACUUUGGUUUGACAAGAUUUUUGGGAACAAGUUCAAACCAACAUAGCUCGACCGGUGUUAAAGGAACGAUUGGAUAUGCGCCUCCUGAGUAUGGCGUGGGGAGUGAGAUUACUACUAGUGGAGAUGUCUAUAGUUUUGGAAUAUUAUUAUUGGAGGUUAUGACUGGGAAAACACCCACAGAUAGCAUCUUUGAUGAAGGGCUUAGCCUUCAUAAGUUUGUUUGUGCAGCCUUGCCAAACCGUGUAAUUGAUGUUAUUGAUGAGGGCACAAUUGUUAUGCCAAGUAAUGAAGCAAAUGCUUCGGAUGAGUGUUCGGAUUCAAUAUUAUUCAAUAUAGGAGAACUGGAUGAGUGUUUGGCUUCAAUUUUGAAGAUUGGAGUAUCAUGCUCUGUCGAUGCCCCAUCACAAAGGAUGAAUAUCAAGAUUGUUAUCCAGGAGUUAGUGCAUAUUCUAGAUACUAUUCAAAGCCUUUCAGGUUCCGCGCCAUUCUUUCGUGGCAAAGUUGGAAAAAGUUGCAAGGAGUAGUGACGAAUGCGAUACUUAAAUAAGUGUAACUUAUUUUAUUAGUGUGUGUGUGA